CAUCCCCGGCGUGUUAUCCUAUGUGUCCAUCCCCGGCAUGUUCUCCUAUGUGUCCAUCCCCGGCAUGUUCUCCUAUGUGUCCAUCCCCCGCAUUUUCUCCUAUGUGUCCAUCCCCGGCGUGUUAUCCUAUGUGUCCAUCCCCCCGGCGUGUUAUCCUAUGUGUCCAUCCCCGGCAUGUUAUCCCUAUGUGUCCAUCCCCGGCAUGUUCUCCUAUGUGUCCAUCCCCGGCAUGUUCUCCUAUGUGUCCAUCCCCAGCAUGUUCUCCUAUGUGUCCAUCCCCAGCAUGUUAUCCUGUGUGUCCAUCCCCGGCAUGUUAUCCUGUGUGUCCAUCC